GAGUCCUCGACCUUUCGACCAUCCAGCCUUCUCCAAGGUGAUGACUCCUGUCUCCUGAGACGUUGGAAAACCUAGUUUGGAAGAAGAGUAAAGAUACAGUUGAUGCUGAACUACAGCCAAGGAUGAAGCGGCGAGCAUCAGACAGAGGAGCUGGGGAAACAUCCGCUAAGGCAAAAGCUCUUUGUACAGGGAUUUCUGGAAAUAAUGCCAAGAGAGCGGGCCCUUUUAUACUAGGUCCACGUUUAGGUAACUCCCCCGUGCCAAGUAUUGUUCAGUGUUUGGCAAGAAAGGAUGGGACGGACGACUUCUAUCAGCUAAAGAUUCUCACCUUAGAAGAAAGGGGUGAUAAAGGAAUAGAAACCCAGGAGGAACGACAGGGCAAGAUGCUGCUGCACACGGAGUAUUCUCUCCUUUCCCUGCUCCACAACCAGGAAGGAGUGGUUCAUCACCACGGGCUCUUUCAGGACCGAGCUUGUGAAAUUAUAGAAGAUCUAGAAGCCAACAGAAUGGUCAGAAAAAUGAAGAAGCGCAUUUGUCUUGUGUUAGACUGUCUCUGCGCUCACGAUUUCAGUGACAAAACGGCAGAUCUGAUCAAUCUGCAGCAUUAUGUCAUUAAGGAGAAGAGACUGAGCGAGCGGGAGACGGUCGUGAUAUUUUAUGAUGUGGUACGAGUGGUGGAAGCAUUACAUAAGAAAAAUAUUGUGCACAGAGACUUGAAACUAGGAAACAUGGUGCUAAACAAAAGGACUCAUCGAAUAACCAUAACGAACUUCUGUCUCGGAAAGCACCUGGUGAGCGAAGAUGACCUGCUGAAAGACCAGCGCGGGAGCCCUGCCUACAUCAGCCCAGAUGUGCUCAGCGGACGGCCGUACCGUGGAAAACCCAGUGACAUGUGGGCGUUGGGCGUGGUGCUCUUCACCAUGCUCUAUGGCCAGUUCCCCUUCUACGACAGCAUACCUCAGGAGCUCUUCCGCAAAAUCAAGGCUGCCGAGUACACCAUCCCGGAGGAUGGACGGGUCUCAGAAAACACUGUGUGCUUGAUCCGAAAACUGCUGGUUUUGGACCCGCAGCAGCGUCUGACGGCUUCUGAAGUGCUGGAUUCUCUCAGCUCCAUCAUAGCAUCGUGGCAGUCCAUGUCCUCGCUGAGUGGCCCUUUGCAAGUGGUGCCAGACAUCGAUGACCAAGUGGCUAACCCGGAAAACCCCCAGGAGGUGAAGGUGACGGAGGAGUGCUCGCAGUACGAGUUCGAGAACUACAUGAGGCAGCAGCUGCUCUUGGCUGAGGAGAAGAACACUUUGCAUGAGGCCAAGAGCUUCCUACAGAAGCGGCAGUUCGGGAACAUCCCCCCGGUGCGACGCCUGGGCCACGACGCCCAACCCAUGAACCCCUUGGACGCAGCUAUCCUGGCCCAGAGGUACCUUCGGAAGUAGCUUCCCACACACCCGAGAGCACAAGCACCACCCUGCAGUCUGCCUUUCACGUCGCCUACUACAGCUCAACAGCAAUACCGGUGUCCCGUGAUGGAGAAUAAUGUAGCAAUUCUUCUGAGCUCUGUUCAGGGACACGCACUCACACUCGCUCUGGAGGGAGAAGACUUUUGAAAAAGCUAGUUUUGGAAGCAGCAACCUCUUGGCAUCUUCUGGAAUCUGUUUUUUAAAUCGAAGCCUAGAUGACUAAUCUGCUUU